CCCAGUUUGUCUGGGCAGAAUACAUUCCCCUUAACACCCACUCACCCACCCUCAAUGCCAGAUCUUCAUGGCUAUUGUCUAAUAUUGGCUUUCUGUGAGAGGGAGAGUUUCUGAGUUAUACAGAGAAGGUUCCACAGAGACAGAACCAAUAAAAAAACCAAUACCAAUUUUCAACAUUUUUGUCAUUGUUUUAUUAAAUUAACGCAAAGAGAGAGAUCGCCAUUUCUUUCUUCCUUCGUCUUGUUUUUCUGCUUGGUCUGUUCAUCCUCUGUAACCCUUUUUUGUUGUUUGGUCUUUUGGGUUUCUCAAAUUUGCCUUCGAGAUAUUGUUUUUUGUCGAUUUGUGCCCCUUUAAUGGCUACGCUUUCUGUUCUCUUGUUUUAUAUUGGGGCUUUGUCUUCGAUUCCAUUCCUGUCAGCCUCGGAAUCUAUUUGCCCUGAUGAAUCUGCUUUCUUUUUAUUUAAACUUCUAUCUCAAUGCUCUCUUUCGAUCUCUCCAUAUCCCCCUCUCGAGGUCAGUGGGAACUUCCUGGAUAGAGCUUUGACUUCAAAACAGAGAAACUCGUACACAGCUAUACUCUUCUAUGUUUCCUGGUGCCCAUUUUCAUGCAGUAUGCGUCCUAGAUUUAAUGUGCUUGGUUCAAUGUUCCCUCAAAUAGAGCAUUUGGCCAUUGAGCAAUCUUCAGCCCUCCCGAGUGUAUUUUCAAGAUAUGGAAUUCACAGCUUGCCAUCGUUAUUAAUGGUCAACCAGACAUCAAAGGUGCAAUAUCAUGGGCCGAAGAAUCUCCAAUCCCUUGUUCAAUUUUAUGAGAAAACAACAGGACUCAAACCAGUUCAGUAUUUUGCUGAAGACGAGCCAACAAGUUUGGGUAGUUGUGAAGAAUCAAUCAUGCAGCAAUGGGAUGGGUCUUCCUUGGAGGAGAUGAUGAAAAGGGAAACUUACUUAGUAUUAGCCAUGUUGUUCCUUUGUUUACGAGUACUGAUAUUUAUAUCUCCAAAAGGGUUAUCUCGUCUCAAGGCUUUUUAUGCAUCAUACCUUCCUCAUUUCAACUUGGAAAUAUUUGGUGAGACAAGUCAAUUAUUUGGUCGUAUAUUGCAUAUGAUUGAUGUAAGGAGGAUCUGGAUCUGGACCAAACUAAGAGUAUGCAAGACAAGGAACUUUCAUGAAGGUGCCAAAAAUUGCCGGGUUUGGGCUUCAUUGGCUUCUGUUUCAUUGGGUGAAUCUUCAUCAUCAGGCAGGUCACAAUCCUAACAUAGAUGUGGGAUUUGAAUGAGGUCAGGAAAGGGCUUAAUGAUGAGAUAAUGUUUAACAUAGUCUCUCCCUCUCUCCCCCUUGUUAAAAUUUUAUAAUGAUUAGCGCUGAUGAUUAUAGGUGAAGCUGUUGUCCUUUUUUUGAGUUUUGGGAGGAAGUAAAACAGGCAUGUAAAUUUGAGAACAGCUUUGCGCUAUUUGUAUAUUAUUUGUCAUUUGGAGGAACCUUUUACACAUCUGUGGAACCAAAGCAUGUUUGGGCUAUUGCA